AUGUCAGCCACGGCCACCAUCAGGACUAUCCUUCAAAUCAAAUUCACCUUCGCUCCUUCAAGUACCGUGGAUUUUCUGGCAGCAACGAGGCCUGUGCAUGCGCUUGUCACGAAGUUGCCGGAGUUUGAGUCAAUCAGCGUUUUACAGAACCCGAAGGCGCCCGGCGAAUUCAUGUUACUCGAACAUUGGAACGCGAGCCCGGAGUUCAUCUUGAAGGCGAGCAAUUUGACUGACGUUAAGGAGGAGAAUGUUCUUCGUAACUUCAUCACGACAACGGAGAAAAUUUCGAUCAAGCCCAAGGAGGUCGACUUCUGGUGCCCCGUGAACAUCGAGGAUGGAAGCGAUACACAGAAGCUGUAG